ACACACUCACAAUUAAGGCUAUACACAUCAUAGAGACCCACUUCCUUUUCUCUCAGAGAUCAGGGCAUUGAGAGAGAAGAUGGUGAAGUUCUCUAAGCAGUUUGAAGGUCAGCUCGUUCCUGAAUGGAAAGAAGCUUUUGUUGAUUAUUGGCAACUCAAGAAAGACCUCAAAAAAAUCCAUCUUCUUAACAGUGACAACAUACCCAACAAGCAACAAAGUAACUCUUUACCCAACACACUCUUGUCCUCUCUUAGGAACUUCUCUUUAUUUGGCCACCGACAUAGAAACCAUGAGGCAAUUCAAGUUCAUAAGAAACUCUCUUCAUCAGCAAGCAAGGGGGAUAUGUAUGAGACUGUACUCCUUGACCAGUUUGCAGAUACUGAUGCUACCAAAGAAUUUUUUGCAUGCUUGGACUUCCAACUUAACAAAGUGAAUCAGUUCUACAAAACUAAGGAAAACGAGUUCAUGGAUAGAGGGGAGUCUUUGAAGAAACAAUUGGGGAUCCUGAUUGAGCUCAAAACAGCAUUGCAACAACGAGGCAAAGGAGCUGCUUCCCAGGAAUCCUCUGAGGAUGCCUCUAUUUCAUACACAAUAUCAUGUGAUGAGGAAUCUGUCAAGGACAGAAUAGAAGAAGAAGAGCUGCAAGACAACAGAGCAGAUGACACGGAACAAAAUGACGUGCCAUUUACAGAUUCUCUUAGAUCAGAUGACCUGAGUAAGUCGAUGCGGAUAAAAAGAGAAGAUGGGAAAAUGAGGACACUCUCUGGACGUGUUUUCAAUUACCAAGGAAAGAACUUGAAGAUAAACAUUCCUCUGACAACACCCUCUCGCACCUUCUCGGCAAUUAGUUACUUAAUCUGGGAAGAUUUGGUGAAUCCAUCUGCAAAAGAAUGCGGUCCAGAAGGCAGUAAGCUGCAUAUUAACCGAACAAAGUUGCAUCACGCAGAGAAGAUGAUUAGAGGAGCUUUUGUUGAGCUCCACAAGGGAUUGGGCUAUCUACAAACCUACAGGAAGUUGAACAUGCUUGCUUUUAUGAAGAUCUUAAAGAAGUUCGACAAGGUCACUGGAAAAGAAGUUCUUCCCAUUUAUCUCAAAGUAGUUGAGAGCUCCUAUUUUGACAGUUCAGACAAGGUGAUGAAGUUGGAGGAUGAAGUUGAGGAGCUGUUUAUCAAACACUUUGCUGAAGAAGACCGUAGAAAGGCCAUGAAAUACCUCAAGCCACAACAGCAUAAAGACUCGCACUCUGUUACCUUCUUCAUUGGGCUAUUCACUGGAUGUUUCCUAGCACUUUUUGUCGGAUAUGUUAUCAUGGCUCAUAUCAUGGAUGUGUACAGAGGGGAGCCACAAUCAGUUUACAUGGAAACAGUCUAUCCUGUAUUCAGCAUGUUCAGCCUACUGUUUUUACAUUUCUUUCUGUAUGGCUGCAAUGUUUUUGCGUGGAGAAAGACUCGUAUAAACUACAGCUUCAUCUUCGAGCUAACCCCAACCAAGGAGCUCAAGUACAGAGAUGUGUUCUUAAUCUGUACCACCUCAUUGACUGUUGUCAUGGGGGUCAUGUUUGCUCAUUUGUCACUACUAACGAAAGGGUAUUCUUAUGGCCAAGUCCAAGCUAUACCUGGCCUGCUCGUAUUGAUCUUCUUGCUAUUACUCGUGUGCCCCUUCAAUAUCUUCUAUCGAUCAAGCCGUUAUUGUUUUCUUCGCGUGAUUCGGAACAUCAUUUUAUCCCCUCUCUACAAGGUUGUCAUGCUGGACUUCUUCAUGGCUGAUCAACUCUGUAGUCAGGUCCCAAUGCUUAGGAAUCUAGAAUAUGUGGCUUGUUACUAUAUAACUGCUAGCUAUAAGACUGGGGACUAUGGAUAUUGCAUGAAGGCCAGGCAUUACCGGGAUCUUGCUUAUGCAGUUUCCUUCCUGCCAUAUUACUGGAGGGCAAUGCAGUGUGCUCGGCGGUGGUUUGAUGAGGGAGAGACAAGCCACCUUGUCAACCUAGGCAAAUAUGUAUCAGCAAUGUUAGCAGCAGGGGCCAAGGUAGCCUAUGAGAAAGAAAGAAGUGUCGGAUGGCUGUGUCUUCUUGUGGUCGUGUCCAGUGCUGCAACAGUGUACCAGUUGUAUUGGGACUUUGUAAAGGACUGGGGUUUACUCACAAUGAAUUCCAAGAACCCGUGGCUCAGAAAUGAAUUAAUCCUUCGGCAAAAGAUCAUUUACUACUUCUCUAUGGGAUUAAACCUGAUUCUCAGGCUUGCUUGGUUGCAAACUGUUCUCCACUCAAAUUUUGUACAUGUUGACUACAGAGUCACUACCCUGUUUUUAGCAGCCCUUGAAGUCACUAGGAGAGGGCUGUGGAAUUUUUUCAGGUUGGAGAAUGAGCAUCUAAAUAAUGCAGGCAAGUUUAGAGCAGUUAAGACAAUACCCCUGCCUUUUCAUGAAGUGGACGAGCAAGAUUGAUGCCCGUUGGCAACAUUCCUAAUGGAAUUCGAUUCGGGUUAUAGAUGCUUUUCUGCCAAAAAAAAAAAAAAAACACAUUAGAAAGGAACCUUGCUGUCCUCACUCAAGUUGAUGGAAAAUGACAUCAGCUUUCUUCAUAUUCUUCAUUGGAUUAGGGGAACAAGGUUCAUACUUGUAUACAAAAUUCUUAUCCAACAAUGAAGAUGAAAUUAAUGCAAAAGCACAGCCGUGUUAAUAUCUAGUUGACA